AUGCGUCUCCGCAAACUUUUGGCAUCUCCACUGGCCAUUCUGGCAACCCUCCUGACCUUACCUUUGGUCUUUGCCUUUCUUCACAAGCCAACAAGACUCGCCGUAUCAGACCAGGCAGCACGGCUCCAAAGGACUUCUUCCUCUUCUUCCUGUGAUGGGAUUCUGCGACGGGGAAGAUACAUUGACACUCGUGACCCAACACCACAAUAUUGGGCCCCACCAAGCUGUCACCUCAAAGAGUUCCCGGAUCUCGCUGCGCUCCAGUCAUGUUUACGUCCCGGUGACAUCAUGGCCUUUCUAGGUGAUUCCACUGCGCGCAUGGUCUAUUGGGCAUUUGUCAAUGCUGCAAACAGGAAAUUGUUCCAAGAUGAUAAUGUCCACGGUAACCACCAAACAAUAAUCGACGGUAUCACAUUCAAACUUUACUGGGAUCCGUACCUCAACCGUACUGAUGCCAUGGGCAGAAUCAAACACCAAGCUCAGGUGGGGUAUGCUCAAUCAGAAACUACCACAGACUCGAGGAAACUCAAUACAGAUCCAAACUAUACACCCAGAACCUACCUCUAUGUGACUACUGGUCUCUGGCAUGCAAUGUUUGAACCCCGUCAUGAAGUCAUGCCAGGUUUUAAACGAUCUCUUGAUAAUUUCAUCAAUGUUCUCCAGGAACGCGUUCCAAACUCCUUUGACGAGGUCUAUUACAUUCCGACCUUACUUCCCAACUUUGCAAUGCUCGAUCCGACCCGCGUUAAUGUCAUUACUCCAGAAUACAUUUCGCAAAUGCUCAAGUAUACAGAUGAGGCAUUCAAUUACACCCGCGACCAGCAUGGCUUUGGACCAGCAGUUGCCUCUCCAGAAUGGAAGGUCUCGUACGUCCCUGUGCUCAAUGAAAUCGGAGGUGAGACACACUUGGGUAUUUACGAUCGCAUUGGCCUCCAUUAUGUCAACCGUGCAAUCUAUCUUCAAAAAGAUAUCAUUAUGAACCAUAUGUGCAGAAAUAUUCUGCCCAAGGGCUCACAUACCUGCUGUGUCCCAUAUCCUCCUUCGAAAUCGGUCUUUCCAAGAUUCUUCGUAGCUGCCACCUUCACAUCAGUGCUCCUGACAAUUGUUCUGGCUUGGACUUUUGCAAGUACCUCUCGAGCCCUUAUUUUCACAGGCUCCGUGGUUGCUACUGUCUCGGCCGCUUGUGGUUAUGCCUUUUUGGCUGAUCGUACAUCCCACAUUGCAAAUCUUCCUAGAGCUUUUUUGCCUCUCGAAUAUGGUCUGCUCUUUCAAAUCGCCUUGUUUGUCGCAAUUGUUUCCCGUAAACAAAUUGAUCAAAAUCUUAACACUGCUCUUCUUACUGAAUCCAAAGGUGCAACAACUCUUUUGCUUCUCCUCGGUGCACUCACAGCCUUUAAUUCCCACCCAGACUCCUUUGCCGGUGAAAUCGUCGAGCGUUUGCUCAUUACAUCUUGGGUGACUGCUCAUAUCUUUUCCGUCGUCCGAUCGCUUCCCUCUCCCUCGAACAACUACUCCUACUCAGCUUAUCUCCUUGUUCUGGCUCGUGCAUUAGUACUCCCAACCCUUUUGACUGUUGCUCUUUCCAACCCUGCAUCUCCCUCAUGGAUUCCUGCAGACCCUCUCGUCACAAAAACCUUGUUUUGGUCCAUCCUCCCUGCAUUCAUUCUCUCACCACUACCUUCCGAUGACACCGUGGCUUCACUCGUCAUUCUUGCGCCUAAAACUGCACACUUGCUGCGUGCCGUAAUAAUUGCAUUGGUCGCCUUUGUUGUGGUCGUACCCAGAAUUCCGGGACUUGCAGAUGACUAUUUUGUUCUGCUAGCCCUGCUUUUCUAUGCUUGGAAAACUCUCCCAUCGUCAACCACUUCUUCUACUCCUCCUCAACUCCCCUCAACUCUCCUCAACUCCCAGCCUUCCCGCUUCUGGACCCAAACCGGGUGUGCCGCUGCCGCUAUGGCCGCUGCAAGCUAUGUUUUCCUCUCCUUUGCCUUCUAUUUCAAAAUGCCUAUGCUCUCAAUCACUCCCAAAACAACUUUCCAGUUCUCUCCUUACCCGCAGAUGGCGGCCAUUCGAGGGUCCACUUACUCCUCCGCUAUCCACCAUAUUUUGGCCAUCAUCGUCAUAGCCACCUAUGUGGCCUUCCGCACUCCAACAAACAUCUCCUCCUCCUCCCAGCAUUACGUGUCGGCCGCUCUGAUUGCCGUCGGAUCUUGUUCUUAUGAACUUCUCGUUCUCAGAAAUAACAUUUUUCUCUCUGCAGAUGGCACCGCCCGUUUACAUUUCCUUCCUACCGGCGCUUACGUCCCUUCAACAGUCCUCUGGAUCCUCGACAUUCUCAGCCGGAAACAAGUCCUUAAUUACUCAGUCUUUGCCUUUAGAGAAACCUUAAGAUCCGCCAUAAACCUCAUAAUUGUGGGUCUUCUUUAUGCCCUGACUGCUUGGGCUUGUGCAAAGCCAUGGUCAAGUCAAUCCAAUAAAGAAGCCUCCAAUGAGGACUACGAGCUUCCAGAAACUAAAGAAAUUGCAUGA